CUGGUUGGCAGCGCAUUUUUCCUUUGUCAGCAGUGUCAGCACGUCAAAAAAUAUUUAGAGGUUAAAACGUUUUUUAAAUUGCUCAUUUUUAGCCAAAUUUGCCAAAACCUAGUAAAAGUCCACCAUGACCACUUGUAGUGAAUACAUUAAAAACGUGUUCCCUUUAAUUGACGACGACCUCAAGCAUUACGUUGAAGGAGUCUUACAAAACGGUGCUGAUGAUUUCCAAGACAGCGAAGAGGUGUACGAAGCCAUCGGUGAGGUGUUACAGGAAGUUUCCAGUGACAAAACCGAAGAAGACAUACGGAACAUAUGCAACGAGUUGCACAAUAUGAUGAAACCUGACAAAAGCAAUGCCAAAAACGGCCCCACAAAGGUGCUAAACGCACCGGUACACCUGGCUUCAAUGGCCGCAAACUUGGAAAAUAACAUCGGUGAUAUCAAAAGUAUUUGGGUUAUGCAGCGUGACGACACCUUGAAAGUCGAUGCUAAAAAACUCGAAAAAGCCGAGGCCAAAUUGCAGGAAAAGCAAGAAAAGCGCUCCAAAGACGUCAAAACCGCAGCCCCUGUUAAACUAGAGUCCGCGACGGCUUCUCAAGUCACCAGCAAAAAAGAGAGCAAAAUGGAGGCCAAAGGCAAUAAUAGGACUCAGGACAUACGGAUCGAAAACUUCGAUGUGGCUUACGGCGACCGGGUUCUCCUGCAAGGCGCCGACUUGAUCCUGGCCUUCGGCCGGCGCUACGGCCUCGUGGGGCGCAACGGCUUGGGAAAAUCAACCCUCCUGAGGAUGAUUUCAAACGGCCAACUGCGCAUCCCGUCCCACAUUUCGAUUUUGCACGUGGAACAAGAGGUCAUAGGUGACGACACUUUGGCCAUCCAGAGCGUGCUUGAGUGCGAUACGGUCCGGGAAAGUUUACUCAAACGCGAGAAGGAAAUAAGUGCCGCGGUCAACUCGGGAAAUAGCGACCCGGAAUUGUCGAAUCAGCUGACCGAGAUCUACGCCCAACUUCAGAAUAUCGAAGCUGAUAAAGCCCCAGCUAAGGCGUCGAUUAUUUUGAACGGGUUGGGGUUCACUCCUGAGAUGCAGCAGAGGGAGACUAAGACGUUUUCUGGCGGCUGGAGGAUGAGGCUUGCUUUGGCCAGGGCGUUGUUUUCGCGCCCCGAUUUGCUGCUUUUGGACGAACCGACGAACAUGUUGGAUAUUAAGGCGAUUAUUUGGCUGGAGAAUUAUUUACAGAAUUGGCCGACAACGUUACUAGUGGUUUCCCACGAUCGAAAUUUUCUAGAUACGGUCCCGACGGAUAUUUUGCACUUGCAUUCGCAAAGGAUAGAUGCCUACAGGGGAAAUUAUGAACAGUUUGAGAAAACUAAAACCGAGAAACUAAAAAAUCAGCAGAGAGAGUACGAGGCGCAAAUGCAGCACAGACAACACGUCCAAGUGUUCAUUGAUAAGUUUAGGUACAAUGCCAACAGAGCGGCCUCAGUGCAGUCAAAAAUCAAAUUGUUGGAUAAAUUACCUGAAUUGAAGCCAAUAGAAAAGGAAACUGCUGUAGUUUUGAAAUUCCCAGAUACCGAACCUCUCUCACCCCCCAUUUUGCAACUUAACGAAGUUUCGUUUGGUUACAACAAAGAUAGACUCAUAUUUACCAACGUUAAUCUAGGGGCUACCAUGGAUUCCAGGAUAUGUAUUGUCGGUGACAACGGUGCUGGUAAAACCACCCUCCUCAAAAUCAUCAUGGGCCUCCUGUCCCCAUCUGCGGGCAUGCUCCACGUCCAUCGAAACCUAAAAUUCGGCUACUUCAGCCAGCACCACGUGGACCAACUCGACAUGAACGUCAACUCGGUCGAGCUCCUCCAAAGCACAUAUCCCGGAAAACCAAUCGAGGAAUAUAGACGCCAGCUUGGGAGUUUUGGCGUCUCGGGCGACCUCGCCCUCCAAACCGUCGCCAGUUUAUCAGGGGGGCAAAAAUCUCGAGUCGCUUUUGCCCGAAUGUGCAUGGGUAACCCAAAUUUCCUCGUACUUGACGAACCCACCAAUCAUUUAGAUAUCGAAACAAUUGAAGCUUUAGGGAAUGCGAUAGUCAAAUUCACCGGCGGUGUGAUACUUGUGUCGCACGACGAGCGGCUUAUUCGCAAAGUGUGCAAGGAGUUGUGGGUUUGUGGUAAUGGCUCUGUGCGAAGUAUAGAAGGUUUUGAUGAGUACAGACGACUUGUCGAACAGGAACUCGAAAGUCAGUCUAAAUAACGAGUUUACUUUUUAAUAGAGAAAUUUGUAUAAAUGUGCCUCCUUUGUGGAAAAACUAUUUAUGAUUUUUUGUUAUAUUUAUAAUAUAUUCAUGUUUAUAACGGUAUUAAAAUAUAGGUCAUAUUUUGAGAAA